UACAGCGUGAUGUUUCCCGAAAGCAAGUCUGCGGGACAGAAAGAUAACACCUCCAACAUAAAACAAUCCAAACAGAUGAAGACAUCAUUUAUGGAUGAAAUAUGGUCAAACUUAAGACAGUACUGGGGUACUUUACUGUGGACGGUAAAGGCUCUUGCAUUGGUGAUAUUUAUGACAUACAUCGCUGUUCCGAUAUUCAUCCGAGCUAACCCAUGGAUUGUGCCUAAAGUUAUCUUCUCAAAUGUUGUUCGCUGGCCUCCAUUCAUAGACCUAAGCAGACCAGCAGAUUUUGGGUUGAAUACAACAAGAAACUUGUACCUAACUGUGGACAACGGGGUGCAGCUUGGCUCAUGGCAUAUAUUACCAAAGAGCUUGGAGCAUCGAAUUGACCCCCUCGACCCCUAUGUUUAUGAAGAUCUGCUUGCAGCUGGAAAUAAAAUCAUGGUUUAUCUCCAUGGAAACAGUGGCACCAGAGGAGGAUGGCAUAGAGUCCAGAUGUACAAACUUCUGGCAAGUUUAGACUUCCAUGUUGUCACUAUUGACUACAGAGGUUUUGGGGAUUCCUCUGGGUCACCUUCUGAGGAUGGAGUUGUUUCUGAUGCCUAUUUUCUGUACAAGUGGGUGCGUGAAAGAAGUGGCUCGUCACCAGUGUUUCUGUGGGGUCACUCCUUGGGAACAGCAAUUACAACAAAACUGGCCAAAAAGCUUUGCCAUGAAGGUGAACCCCCACUCGGUGUUGUGCUGGAAGCUCCUUUCAAUAACAUCCGAGAAGCAGCAGAAAAUCAUCCGUUUUCUUUUCCUUACCGUCUAUUACCUUGGUUUAGUUGGAUCUUUAUUGAUACCAUCAAAGAAAAUGGGAUUUUCUUCAACAGUGAUGAAAAUAUUGAACAUGUGACACCACCGAUUUUGAUUCUGCAUGCUGAAGAUGAUGCUAUUGUACCACUCCACCUUGGCAAAAAGUUGUAUCAUGCGGCUAAAGAGUCUCGCCAAGAUCACCAUGGUGAUGUGGAGUUCCAGGUGUUUGAUGGAGAUGACGGCUUCGGUCACAAACACAUCUUCAAGUCUCCAAACCUGCCCGGCAUUAUCCAAAAUUUUGUGGACAAGUCAAUUGGAAAAAAGAAGAACUAAUCUGUAUCAAGUCUGUUAUGCUUUUUGAUAUAUACAUGUAUAUAUAUAUAUCUCAGGGAGUAAUAUAUGUUGAAUUUUCCAUAAUAUUUUUUAUGUUUUUCGUUGUCCUGUUUUUGUAUUUAACAAUUUUGCAGACCUUAAAAACAUCUGAGUAAAAACAAAAACACAUUGCUAAGGAAUGCAAACAAAUAUCACUCCUGAAUUUGUGAAGUUAAAAUUUUAUGGGAUUUUUUUCCAUUGCCAGGACAUGCUUCCAAAUUAAUGUAUAUAACAAUUAUUUUUUGUAAUCUCUAUCUAUUUAUUUAUUAUGUUUUGAUUUUCAAGUCAAAAUAAUUACCAUAAAUAAUUUUUCCCUGUUGACUUCCAUCUCUAUUUUUCUCUUCUCUCAUUUUUUUCUUUGUUUUUGUCCCUUGUGGCCAUUUGUGCUAAACAUCUCUCAUUUCCGAUAAACGAUUCUUUGGGUUCUACUCUGGCCACUGAAAGUUUUUAUUAUUUUAUUGUCUGGCUAUGUUGACAUUUUAAUUAUUUUAUUUUUAGCGAAAGUCAUAAUAGGGUAGAUAUUUAUUCAUGAUUUCUCCAAUUAUUUUUCUUCUGUCUCCUUCAUUAUAUAGCUACAUGUAAUAGCUACAGGGUUCAAAAUGUUUAGCAUUCACCUUAAAACAUGUAUAUUUUGUUUUAGUGGUCUGUGUCAUUUAAGGACAUUUUAAAAAUACAAUGGACAAUAUACCUCUGAUUGUUAAUAUACUGGUGAUAAUUAACAGGUAAUACUAGGUAUGACUGUUAAGUACUAUAUAAUAUUUUUCUGUUAAUAUAUCUGUGCAUUGGUUUUUCCAGCAUUAUGUAACAAACUUUUGAACAACUUCUUUAUCUACAAACUAGGAGUGCUUAAAAUGUUGAAUCGGUUUUCAAGAAAACUAAAUUACCUAUUCUGUUUAGAAUUUAUAUUUAAGUCUUAGUUUAAAAUAUUCGGUGAUAUGUGAUAGAUGUUAUUUAAUUUUGUUUAGAUCUGAAACUCAUGACUUCUUUGGUGUAACUAAUACACAUUUGUGUAUCUUUGGUGUAACUAAUACACAUUUGUGUAUUGUGUUUUUUGAGAAUAGUUUUGUUAUGGUUAUACCAGAAAUAAUCGUAUUGGAAGAGAAGUCUUUUCAAAAUAUAUUUUUUCUGUGGGUGGGGGUUAGAUAACAUUUUGAAUUGAGGUAAGGAGGGACAAGGGUGUAUCUGUGAAUAACGAUUGAUAUUAACACCAAGCUUAGUUGGUAGAGCACUCGUUUGAGAUCAUUAGAAGGAUCGAACCCCCCUCAGUGAACUCAUUCUCUGAUUUGGGUUUUUUCCAUUCCAACCAUUGACCCACAACUGGUUUAUGAAAGACUAUGGUAUGUGCUGUCCUAUCUAUGAGAAAGUGUAUUUAAUAGAACCUCUACUGUGGAAAAAUGUAACAGGUUUCCUCUAAGACUAUAUUUCAGAAUUGUCAAAUAUUUGACAUACAAUAGGCAAUGAUAAAUUAAUCAUUGUGCUCUAGUAAUGUUGUUAAAGAAAACAAACAUUAACCUUAAGGGUUCAGAAAUAAACAGUAAUAAUGUGUUAUUGGUCAGGCUUUCUGCCAGGAAAUAUUUUGAAGGAACAUAAAUAAAAAAACCAGGUCACCAGUGCCCUACUAGAUUGGUAUGUGUUUGGAAUCUUUUGAAAUUGGACACUGCAUCACUGCUACACCAAAGGUAUGUACUGUCUUGCCUAUGAGAAGAUGAAUAUAAAAGAGCCCUUGCUGCUUUUUGAAGACAUAGUCUCUUGAAUUCAUCUCAUCACAAAUAUGAUUAUUUCUGAAAUAACCACUGUUGAAUGUAAAUAUAUACUUUAUUUUUUUCCCAUUUGUACCAACUUUUCACACUUUUGCAUGUACCUAUAUAUACCUUUUUCUCAUUUGUAACAAUUUAAUUAUAGGAAUCAAAAUUAGCAAACAGUUUUAGCAAUUAAUGGACUACUUGAAAUGUUUUACGCCAUGAACCUAUUGGUUAUAUACUUGGAGUUUUUAUCUGUUGUGUGUAAUGUCAAACUUAUAAACUGUGUGUCAAACUUGUACAUUGCAAUAAAUAUUAGCUUGGCCAUGGCAAACGAGAAACAGAUUUGAUUUAUUGUGAACUUAGGCCCAUAUUUUCUUAGUGUACUUAGCACUAUGAAAUCAUAAAACCAUCACAAGCUAUGACAUCACUAUGACAUGUUUUGGUGAUGUCACAGCCUGCAAUGGUUUCACGAUUUCAUAUUGCUAAGAAAGCUUCAAAGUGUGGGCUUUGGUUACAGUAAAAAUGCAUCCAGUAAUUAACACAAGAUAACGCAACAUCUGAAUAAUUGAUUACUUUUUUACAAAACUCGUUAAGGACACAAGAUGUAUGUCAGUGUAUGUUUCAAAUAACAUUAACUAUGUGUGUCUAUCGCUAGUUUGUAUCGAACAUAUAAGGGGAUUUAAUCCAUGAUAGGAUAACCACUGGCUAUGUAACCUUGUCUGCGUGUACCAAAUAUGCAUUUCCUUUUCCCCCAAUUGUGGACUUAAUGAGUUUUGUAAUUGUUAUUGACAUAUUUUGAGGAUUGGGUCUGCACUCUCUGUAGUUAGAUUAUUUACAAUGCAUAGUACCCUUGUCAUAAUGUUUUAAGAAGAACUAGGAAUAAAGUGUGCUAGCAAGAAAACCCAACCAUACCCCUAGUAUCAUUUACUUGUGUUUUAUUUCAAAGCCACAUAUAAACAGUUGUCCAUGGUAGAUUUUAGUCACAUUUAAAAUUAGGACAGUCACAACGUAGACUAUGUUUGUAAGUCACAGUGGCUAAAUAUAGCACUUUUGAUGAGCAUUUUUUCAUUUUAUUUAUAUGAAGAUUUUUAUUUUUUUUAAUGUGCGAUGUGGAUCGUUAAAAUUUCCUUUUUAUUAUUAAACAUUGUUUUUGUAUUUGUGUGUGAGUAAUCAGAAUUAUUUAAUCAUGUUAGUAUGCAGAUUGGUGUAAUAUGGAUAUUUAGGCAUUCUGAAACAUGUUAAAAAUUUAAUCAUCUAAUUAUGUAUUACAUUGUACUACAUUGUACUACCCAAUUAGUCAAAAUAAUGUCCCAUUGGGAUGUAACAUGUUUUGACAAUGUCAUAAAUAUCAUCAACACCAAUACAUUUAAACAUGUGGUUUGUGUUUAAAAACAUUAUUUACAAUAUUAAAGUCACUACCAUUCCAUACCAAACUGUCAGCUCGUAUCCACUUUGGGUGUAGGUUUGAUGUGAAAUCAUAGAUGAUUUAAUAUCCUAUUAAUAUAAAUAUUUCUCUUUGAUUGCAUGUGAAUUAUUAUCAACUUCUCAAUUUCUUACUCUUGUCUGUGAUAUGUAGUCUGUUUUAGAAAAUAUUGCAUGGAAGAGCAUUUCUGUCCUAAAUUGAACCCCACCCCCACAGAAUAAUUGGCAAUUAGUUGCAUUUAACAAAUUUCCAUAAUUCAUAAAGUAAUUCAUUUGACUUCCCCAUAAGUGUAUGAGAUGGGGGGCAAUUGCCCCCUAGUGAUGUAACAAAACCUCAAAUUCUGGCAAAAUUUAUACAAAUAUUCUGGCAAAAUGUGCUAACUUGAGACCUUUUUUACCAUGUAUUUCCAUCAUUUUACCC